AUACACCAUUAAACACUCCCACCAAACUUUCUGCCUUAAUAAAAAACCCCAUAAAUUCUUUAGUUUUCUCAGUUCUGCACCAAAACCUCACAACCCGAUAUCUCACUAUAUAAUCAUUUUUUUAGCUUCUCUGUGCUAUAGGUACAAGCUCCUGGAACAAAACUAACAACAACAAUAAUAAUGGCAAACUUAUACAUUUCAUGGGUUUUGUUUACUCAGCUGGUUCUAGUCCAUUUUGCUAAAACUGGAGCAAAAGUUCCAGCCAUUAUAGUAUUUGGGGACUCAACUGUGGAUGCAGGGAAUAACAAUGUGAUUUCCACACUACUCAAGAGCAACUUCCAGCCUUAUGGGCGUGAUUUUUUUGGUGGUCGUCCAACUGGGAGGUUCUCCAAUGGCCGUAUUCCUCCAGACUUUAUCUCUGAGGCUUUUGGGCUUAAAUCCUUUGUACCUGCUUAUUUGGAUAGCAUGUAUAGCAUUUCAGAUUUUGCAACUGGGGUCUGCUUUGCUUCUGCUGGGACUGGCUAUGACAAUGCUACCUCUGAUGUAUUAAAUGUUAUACCACUUUGGAAGGAAGUGGAAUACUACAAGGACUACCAGAGCAAAUUGAGAGCCUAUCUUGGCCAUAGGAAGGCAAAUUAUGUUUUGAGGGAGGCAUUGUAUUUGGUAAGCUUAGGGACCAAUGAUUUCCUGGAGAACUACUAUAUUUUCCCACUGAGACAAUCCGAGUUCACCGUUGAACAAUACCAGGAUUUCCUUGUUGGACUUUCUGGGAAUUUCCUUAGGGAAAUAUACAGUCUUGGUGCUAGAAAAAUAUCACUAACUGGGCUUCCUCCAAUGGGGUGUUUACCAUUGGAGAGAGCCACAAAUAUAUUUGGUAAUCAUGAGUGUAUAGAGGACUACAACAAGGUAGCUGUGAACUUUAAUGAGAAGUUGAAAGGUUUGGUGGCAAAGCUUAAUCAAGACCUUCCUGAGCUUAAAUUAGUUUUUACAGAAAGUAUGUAUGACAUCGCAUAUCAGAUGAUCAAAAAACCAGCUUCAUUUGGAUUUGAUGUUGCUGGAGUGGCAUGCUGUUCAACAGGGACAUUUGAGAUGAGUUAUCUUUGUAGUAAGAGUAAUCCAUUGACAUGCACAGACGCUAAUAAAUAUGUAUUUUGGGAUGCUUUUCAUCCGACGGAGAGAGCUAAUAAGGUCAUCGUCGAUAAUAUUGUUGGUUUGCUGCUAAAGGAGUUUUCUUGAUUAUUCUUUUUGUUUUCUUUGAGGGGGGAAAAAAAAAAAAAAAAAGGAUAGAAUUUAUUUUUCUGUGUUCUAGUUGUACCAAUGUGUUGUGUAAUCUCAUCAGCUAAUUGGCUGUAUAAAUAUAUAAAGAUAUGUUAGUGUGUUCCUUACCAUCAUAUAGACACCUUGUAUUAGAUAAUUAUUGCAAAAUGAUGAAAAUGUUAAAUAAUA